GGCUAUCUUCUUUCACAUUGCUCUCGGCUACUUCCUCUAUCUGAGAGAAGCGUCGAGGUCGAGGAAGAAGAAAGCAACGAAGAAGGCGAAGAUGGCGAUCAUGAUUCGAAUCUACGGCACUCUCUUACUCUCUUUCUUAUUCUUCUCCACUCUUCACGCUUUCUAUCUUCCCGGUGUCGCUCCUCGGGAUUUCCAAAAGGGUGAUCCUCUAUAUGUCAAAGUGAACAAAUUAUCGUCUACAAAGACUCAGCUUCCUUAUGAUUUCUACUACCUGAAUUACUGUAAGCCUCCGAAGAUCUUGAAUACCGGUGAAAAUUUGGGGGAGGUUCUUAGAGGAGAUCGCAUUGAGAAUUCGGUUUAUACUUUUGAAAUGUUGGAGGAUCAGCCCUGUAGAGUAGGUUGCCGUGUUAGAGUCGAUGCUGAGUCUGCUAAAAAUUUCAGGGAGAAGAUUGAUGAUGAAUACCGAGCUAGUAUGAUUCUUGAUAACCUUCCGGUAGCUGUUCUUAGACAAAGAAAAGAUGGAAUUCAGUCGACGACUUAUGAACAUGGUUUCCGUGUUGGCUUCAAAGGGAGUUACCAAGGGAGUAAAGAGAAAAAAUACUUUAUCCAUAACCACUUGAGUUUCCGAGUCAUGUACCACAGAGAUCUAGAAUCUGGUUCUUCUCGCAUUGUUGGUUUUGAGGUUACGCCUAACAGUGUAUUGCAUGAGUACAAAGAUUGGGAUGAAAAUAAUCGUCAGUUAACAACAUGCAACAAAGACACAAAGAAUCUGAUCCAAAGCAACACUGUUCCUCAAGAAGUUGAGGAAGGAAAAGAAAUUGUGUUUACAUAUGAUGUCGCCUUUAAGGAGAGUGAAAUCAAAUGGGCUUCUCGAUGGGACACAUAUUUGCUAAUGAAUGAUGAUCAAAUCCACUGGUUUUCAAUCAUAAACUCGCUUAUGAUUGUCCUUUUCCUCUCUGGAAUGGUAGCGAUGAUCAUGAUGAGAACUUUGUACAAGGAUAUUUCAAACUACAAUCAGCUCGAGACCCAAGACGAGGCUCAGGAAGAAACAGGAUGGAAACUUGUACAUGGAGAUGUCUUUAGGACGCCCAUGAACUCUGGGUUACUGUGUGUUUAUGUCGGCACAGGUGUUCAGAUUUUUGGUAUGACUCUUGUGACAAUGAUGUUUGCAUUGCUGGGCUUCUUAUCUCCAUCCAACAGAGGAGGGCUCAUGACUGCCAUGGUUCUCUUAUGGGUAUUCAUGGGCAUAUUUGCUGGUUACUCAUCUUCUCGUCUUCACAAAAUGUUCAAAGGGAAUGAGUGGAAAAGAAUCACCUUGAAGACUGCAUUCCUGUUUCCCGGUAUACUCUUCGCGAUCUUCUUCGUUCUCAACACACUCAUAUGGGGAGAACGAUCAUCCGGUGCCAUUCCCUUUGGUACAAUGUUUGCUCUUGUCUGUCUCUGGUUUGGAAUCUCUGUCCCACUAGUCUUCAUAGGUAGCUAUCUCGGUCACAAAAAAUCCGCAAUCGAAGAUCCGGUCAAAACUAACAAGAUCCCGAGACAAGUACCAGAGCAACCUUGGUACAUGAAACCUGUUUUUUCCAUAUUAAUUGGAGGAAUCCUUCCAUUUGGAGCGGUCUUCAUUGAGCUCUUCUUCAUCCUAACAUCAAUCUGGCUCAACCAAUUCUACUACAUUUUUGGAUUCCUCUUCAUCGUGUUCUUGAUCUUGAUCGUGACCUGCGCAGAGAUCACAAUUGUCCUCUGCUACUUUCAGCUCUGCAGUGAAGACUACAAUUGGUGGUGGAGAGCUUACCUCACAUCAGGCUCAUCUUCACUUUACCUCUUCCUUUACUCGGUCUUCUACUUCUUCACAAAGCUUGAGAUCUCAAAACUUGUCUCAGGAUUGCUCUACUUCGGGUACAUGAUCAUUAUCUCUUACUCAUUUUUCGUGCUAACCGGCUCCAUCGGUUUCUACGCAUGUUUAUGGUUCGUUAGAAAGAUCUACUCCUCGGUGAAGAUUGACUGAGAUUUAGAUAAAAUGACAUAACUUUCGAUGCCUCUUGAGGUUUUGUUGGAUGGUUUAGUCGUAGUUGAAACAAAAAAUUUACCAAAUCUUUGUAACGUUUUGAUGAAUGGAUCAUAUAUUCAAAACAUUUUCAAUGAUA